UUGACCUAGGUCAGUGAACGAAACGUUCUCUGUAAGAAUGAGAGAAGAAUGAGAGAAGAAUGAGAGAAUCGCGAAUAAGAAGAGAGAAAAGCGAUAAAUAUGGUUUUUUAAUUGCUUUUUCUCCACCAUUCGCACACUAUCAUAUAUAUAUAUGAUGAUAUAGAGAGAAAAGCGAUGAAUAUGAUGGAGUGUUAUUAAAACAUGAAUUUAUUGUUUUUUCGUCUCUCUCUUUCAAAUGCAGUUGUGCUUUUGAUGCGGAUUAAAAGCAAAAAUUUCGUCGGGAUUUUUGACUAAUAUAUACGCGAAAUCGAAUUGCGCUCUCUACUCUUUAUCAUUUUCUCAAAUUGCAGUUAUUGUUUUGUGUAGACAAAACACUUUUGAUGUAGAUUAAAAAGCAAAAAUUUCGUGACGAUUUUCGCCUAAUAAUCAAAAUUGAAUUUUUGCCGAUUGAAUUGAGAAUGGUGACAAAAUCUAAUAUAUACGCGAAAUCGAAUUGCGCUCUCUACUCUUUAUCAUUUUCUCAAAUUGCAGUUAUUGUUUUGUGUAGACAAAACACUUUUGAUGUAGAUUAAAAAGCAAAAAUUUCGUGGCGAUUUUCGCCUAAUAAUCAAAAUUGAAUUUUUGCCGAUUGAAUUGAGAAUGCAAAAAUUUCGUGGCGAUUUUCGCCUAAUAAUCAAAAUUGAAUUUUUGCCGAUUGAAUUGAGAAUGGUGACAAAAUUUGAAAAUCAUUUUAAAUUGUUCAGCCGAGUGAAGCACAUCUCAAAGAUAAAAUGAAUAAUCAAGUGAACUCAUCAAAUCCAAUUCCAUCAACAUCAACCGCAUCCACAUCGCGUGCGGCUAGAAACAACACGUCAAGUAACGUGUUUCAAUUGGAAGACAUGUCAAGUGUUUUUGAUAUUGACGCGCCCCCAACGCCAGACAUAACUUUUGAUCAAAAUGUUCCGGUAGAAGAUGAUGCACCACCAACACCAGACAUGAUUUUCUUUGAUCAAGAUGCCACGGUGGUAGCAAAUGACGCGCCACCCAAUAAUACAUUGAAUGCCGCUGCAAGUUCAAACAAUACCACUGAUAACAAAGAAGAUGAUGAUGAUGAUAAAUAUAUCCGGUUUUUGCAAAGCCAAGUGAAGGAUACACGAUUUGUGUCCGAUACGAAAGUGGCCUUCUACAAAAUAGCAGGCACGUGUCUGCUCUUAACCAACAUAGAGAAAGAAAGCAGAUUUCUUUCUAGCGAACCAAAUGAAAGCAACAUCAAGAUAAAUCAACUUAUUAGUGAUCAUCAGAAUUUGGAACCAUCACUUCAAAUUAAUCCAGAUUUGGUUUACUAUGCAAAUCAAAAUCAUGAUUACAGUGAAUUGUCAACAGCUGAUCGGAUUUUUCUCUCAUCUCUUCGCUUAGAGGUUGAACGCAUAAAAUUGGGCAUCGAAAAAGAUAAUUUGAUAAAAGCUGAUGACGUAGCAACCAAGAAGUGUGCCGAAAAAAGAAAGAGAUUCACUGAAAUGUGUUGUGUUUUAUGUUCUGGUACGGUUACGCCACACAUGAAGACCGCCGCAUACAAAUGCGGUCACAUCUUUUGUUUACCUUGCAUCGAUACUCUUGAAAAAAAGACUGUCAAAUGUCCAAUGUGCCGAAAGGUUUUGGUAACCAAUGAUAAGCUUGAAUUAUGCUUCAGAUUCAAUUACUGGUACAAACCCAUUUGUCGGCGAUGUCUUAAACCUUUUGAAGAUGAUGAUGAUGUGCAAGCAUUAGUAUGCGGCGAUGUCUUCUGUGCGACAUGUACUUUUCAUUCUGGAAAUUAUUGUCAAAAGUGUGACUCUUUUGCGAAACCUCUAAAACUAUUCCUAUCCUUUGAAUAAUAUGGAAUUUCGAAUUUUUUCAUUCGCAUUCAAAUUCCAAAAAAGAAAAUAUUUGCUUUGCUUCAUCAAUCGAAAAAAUAAUCAGACAUUUUUUCAUUUUUU